UCGCUCCUCCUGAUCCGCUCCUAUUGGGCCUGUCCGAGAGGGGCUGCUUGUUGGUAAUUGCCCGGUGACAACUGGAAAUGAUAGAAUAAUUGUCAGGAGGACUGUUUUUGUAAUGGGCGACGGGGUGAUUUAAGUAUGCAUGAACAGGGCUGCGAGAGAGGCAGGGAAGAGCAGUGGCGGCAUUGUCUUGUUUAUGAUGCGAGCCUCUAUAAACACAGUUGGAGUGAUGACACAGAUAGAAGCCCCUCUCCCCCUGUGACACCCCAGUCUGCUCCUCACCACUGCAAACAACACCAACAGCUUUCCUUCUCUGGCCACCAGACAACUGUCUCUGACACUACUCCUCACCAUCAGGCCCUACAAGCAGCGAGGCAAUUACUCUUACAACAGCCAGGCAGUGGCCUGAAAUCUCCAAAGAACAACGACAAACAGCGUCCGCUGCAGGUGCCGGUGUCGGUGGCCAUGAUGAGUCCCCAGGUGAUCACCCCCCAGCAGAUGCAGCAGAUCCUUCAGCAGCAGGUCCUAUCCCCUCAGCAGCUCCAGGCCCUGCUACAACAGCAGCAGGCCGUCAUGCUGCAGCAGUACUGUGCGAGGCCAUUUAAAGUCCAUAUGGAGAAGACAUGGAGGGAGAGCGAGACUACACAACAUCUGCAGGAGUUUUAUAAGAAACAGCAGGAGCAGCUCCACCUACAGCUUUUACAACAGCAGCACCCUGGAAAGCAAGCAAAAGAGCAACAACAGCAGCAGCAGCAUCAGCAGCAGCUCGCUGCCCAGCAGCUCGUCUUCCAGCAGCAACUCCUCCAGAUGCAACAGCUCCAGCAGCAGCAGCACCUGCUCAACAUGCAGCGCCAGGGCCUGCUCUCCCUGCCCCCGGCCCCAGGACAGGCAGCCCUCCCCGGGCAGACCAUGCCACCAGCUGGACUGAGCCCAGCAGAGCUCCAACAGUUGUGGAAGGACGUGACCGGUGGCGGCCACAACAUGGAGGACAACGGCAUCAAACACAGCGGCGGCGGCGGCGGCCUGGACCUGACCACUACCAACUCUUCCUCGACUACCUCCUCUACCACUUCCAAAGCAUCACCUCCCAUCUCCCACCACUCCAUCGCCAAUGGCCAGUCUCCCGCACUCAACUCCAGAAGAGAGAGAGAGCGAGAGAGGGAACGGGAAAGGGAGAGGUACGGAAACUCGUUACAUGAGGAAAGCGGAGCCUCCCACUCUCUCUACGGUCAUGGGGUGUGCAAGUGGCCCGGCUGCGAAAGCGUCUGUGAGGACUUCGGACAGUUUUUGAAGCACCUUAACAAUGAGCAUGCUCUAGAUGACAGGAGCACGGCCCAGUGUCGGGUCCAGAUGCAGGUGGUACAGCAGCUAGAGAUACAGCUUUCUAAAGAACGUGAGCGUCUUCAGGCGAUGAUGGCCCACUUGCACAUGCGGCCCUCGGAGCCCAAGCCAUCUCCAAAACCUCUGAACUUGGUGUCAAGCGUCACCAUGUCAAAGAACCUGCCGUCGGUGUCCCCUCCGAACGUACCUCAGACCCCCACCACGCCCAGCGCCCCCGUGACACCCAUGUCCCAGGUUCCCCAGGUGCCCUCCCUGCUCAGCGCCGCCAACGUCCCCAGCAUGGGCGCCAUGCGCAGACGUCACUCCGACAAGUACUCCAUGCAACUGUCUUCAGGUGGUGACACAGUAUUUAUUUUUCCAGAGAUCGCCCCAAACUAUGAGUUUUAUAAGAAUGCCGAUGUCAGACCGCCAUUUACUUAUGCAACCCUCAUAAGGCAGGGUAUCAUGGAGUCGGGCGACAUGCAGUUAACGCUUAAUGAAAUCUACAGCUGGUUCACGCGCACGUUCGCUUACUUCAGACGCAACGCAGCUACUUGGAAGAACGCCGUUCGCCACAACCUCAGUCUGCACAAGUGCUUUGUGCGUGUGGAGAACGUGAAGGGGGCCGUGUGGACGGUGGAUGAGAUGGAGUACCAGAAACGCAGGUCUCAGAAGAUAACAGGGUGUAGAAGCCCGACGCUUGUGAAGAACCUUCCCUCCAGCCUGGGCUAUGGAGCUGCUUUAAACGCCAGCUUACAGGCGGCGCUGGCUGAGACCUCCCUGCCUCUGCUGGGGAACCCUGGUCUGAUGAACAGCAGUUCAUCUGGCUUGAUGGGAGGCAGUCCUCCUGGUCUAAUGGGCGGGAGCCCCCCUGGUAUGCUUGGCGGUAGCCCCCAUGGAUUUAUGGGUGGUAGCCCCCAUGGAUUCAUGGGCGGGAGCCCCCAUGGGUUGUUGGGCGGCAGCCCCACAGGAAUGAUGGGUAGCAGCCCCCCCAGCCUGCUCCAGUCCAGUCACGACGACCUGAAUGGAUCGCUGGAUCACCUGGACACCAAUGGCCACAGCAGCCCUGGAGAAUACUCCCCACAGGCACACAUGUAAGUAGCACUCAGUGGCUU